UGUAUACACACACAUACAUAUUUGUACACUGUUGCACUCACAUGCACAUGACGACAAUCAUGAUGUCAAAAAGCAAUACACUCAUUCUUCACAGCCCGCAUGUAGAUGCAUAUCACACCUCUUCAGUGAGAUAGAGAGAAUAAUUGAGGCAAGAAAGAGGAGAAGGAUAUGUGAUGUUUGCAGUGCUGGGGGAUGAGGGUGUGUUUGUGUGUACGGGGGGGGUGAGAUGUGGGGGCGGAGAAAAAAGUGCUGGCUCGCCUCCAGCACUGACGAAAGCUGCUUAACCCUCCCAGUUACCAUAGAGACUGUCAGGCACAGCCACCAGUGAGAGAGAAAGAGAGCGAGGCAGGGAGAACACCAACAAGCGAAGGCAGCGGAUAGAAGUGAAGAGGGAGAAGAAAAAGAAAGAAGCAGUUAGAGACAGGGUAAAAUAAAGGGAGAAGAAGAAAGAAAGAAAAACAGAGGGUGCAGUAGAGAUAGUGGCAGAGAUGGAGGUUCAAAACGAAUGCAGUGAACCGCCUCCAUGUGAUCCUCAGCCACCAGGAAAGCUAAACAAAGCCGCCUUCAAGCUGUUCGGCAAGCGUAAGUCCGGCAGCAGCAUGCCAAGCAUCUUCUCUGUCAAGAACAAAGGGGAGUCCACCGGUAAAGCCACUGGCAAGACGCUGGAGCUUGUUAGGAGCAAAACCCAUGAUGGCUUAAUAACGGACACUGCUUCAGAGCUUGACAGCCACCGGAAAGAGGAAUCUGCCAGUAGCGAUCAGCUCCACGCCGGCACGCCAGAUGGUGUGUCCGCUGCCCCCCUCCGCAGCUCCAUCACCAAGUCUUUCAGCUUCUUCUCUUUACUGCGCCGGAGCAGCAGCCGUGCAGGGGAUGGAACUACUACAGUGGGACGGCGAGGACGAGGACUUAAGGGGCUCUUUAGCAGCAUGCGUUGGCGGCGGAAGCCCCAGGUUCAAGAGGACUCCUUAGAGGUGGCCAAGGAGGUGAAGGAAGGAGACCUUAUAGUUUCCUCUAGCUCCGGCAGUGUGAAAAUGGAGAAGGACAUGACACUGACUCUUGAGCCCCUGCCGCAAGUGUUUGAGGAGACUCCUCUCCCAGGGGAAGCUGAGAAAUGGAAGGCGAUGUCUGUGCAGGAAUUACAGGGUACUAAUGAAUUGGAGUGUGGUAACUUUGGUCCUCCUCUUUCACAACAGCAUAUAAUCACUGAGGAGUCUCCAGCUCCAUCUCCUUCUCCACUCCGAGCCCAGACAGAAGGGCUCCAACAUGAUAAACACAGCAGUUCGACAAACUUGUCCUCUAUUCCAACCUGCGCUUUGACCCCUCCAAUGGAGCACAGCACAGACGAACCACAAUCUGAGCAAUCUGUGGAUCGCCUAUGUUCCAUGUUCACCGAUGUUACUUCACUAAAGAGUUUUGAUUCUUUAACAGGCUGUGGUGACAUCAUUGCUGAUCCAGAGGAGGAUUCUGGGAAUGGGGGAAGUGCCACAAGCAGUGGAACCGGUAGCAGUAGUGGGGGAUGCAUGGGUCGCAGAUUAAGUGGUGCGGGGACAAAUUCAGAGAGAUGCUCUCCUGCCAAGCCUCCACUUCCUCCUCAGGUCAGUAGUAUUACAUCUAUCCAUGCUUCUUGCUACAUGCCAGCCCACCAAAGACCACGUCCAGCCCCUAAAAAGCCACAAGGUAGUGGAGUUGUUGCCUACAUGGGUGGAGGGGAGGAAAUGGCUAGUCCAGAGGCGGUUGAUGAUGCUGACAUGCAGGGUCUAUGGCAUAUGUUGCCCCAGAAGGGUGAAGACUCCCCAGCCCUACGACGUGCAGAGCCUGUCUUGCAUCAUGCACCAACCCGCCUUGAGAAGAGGCCACCUCAAGUAAAGGUGCUUGGUCUCAGUAAGAUCCCUGUGAGUGGAGGUAGCAAGAUGGGAAAGCAGCAACCCUCACUUCCCUCACCUCCCCCUGUCGAUAAAGAACUCAAGGAUGCCCCACCAAGUGAUGAAGGCUACUGGGAUUCUCCCACACCUGGCCCAGAGGAUGAGGAUAGCACCUUCCUAUGUCGGGAAGGUUUGCUAAGGGAUAGCUGCUCUGGAGAUGCACUUUAUGACCUCUACGAUCCCGACAGCCCUAGCGCUGCUGGCUCAGACGAUGACGUGAAUUCACCAACAAAAUCUGCAAGUGAUCUAAAAAUGAACUUGCCUUCCCCGAAAUGCUCGUCUUCUGCCACUUCCUCAUUCCGUUCCAUGAAAGGCAGCACCAGCCUACCUCGAGAUUCCAAGAUCCCUAUUAGUGUGAGGCAAACACCACCUUCCCAUUCUUCCAGCCAAGGUGCACUGUCUUCCAAUCUUAGCCCCACUUUAACCACCCCUCCUAAAAAGUCUGAUGCCCCACCACGCACUCGAAUCCCUGUUUCGAAGGUUCCUGUCCGUCGUUCCGGCAACAAGAGCACCCCCACUUCUCAAAGCAGGAAGUAGAGAGCUUGGAGGCCCAUCAUGUUUUUGACAAUACAAAUCUAUCACAAGAGCUUUAGGCCAAAACACAAUGUUUUUUGAUAUAAAGCAAUCAAUUUACAAUUCUUUGAUUUCACCCAUCUACUGAGGACUAUAUCUUUACUGUGUUUUUAUAUCUUCAAAAUUAAUUUUCGUUAUGUGUCGCAUAUUACAGCCUAAUGUAAUUAAGAGUUUUGUAGAAUGCACUGCAAUAUGUAAAACGACAUUCAUAAUAAUGUUAUCUUGAGGUUUUUUUUUUUUUUGUUUUUUUUUACACCAGACUUUCACAGAGAAAUAAUAAGGUGAGAAUGCUGAUCCUAAGAAGAAUGUUAAAUAUCACAAAGCUUCUCAUUCCCUUCCAUUGGAUCAAUGAAACUGUGCUAAUUUCUUGCUUUGUCAUCCCACAAGCACUGUGUAAAACGCAGCUGCAGUCUUUUAUCUCUCCAGUAUUUUACAUGUAAUGAAUUCGGAGAACUGUGUGAGAUUAAACCAAGCACUUCAGACAAUAAAGCUGCGUGGAGUCUUGUACAUUUAAACUGGAUCAGGGAACAGCCUUUUGUUCAAGACACUUUCGUAUCACACAAAUUGACUUCCUGUUGAUAUUGAUGAAAAGUAAAACAUUCUUUUUACUGAAUCUUCACUUUUCUUACUCUUUUAUAUUGGACAAUGACCUCCCUGUGACCUCACUGUGGAUAUGUGUGCACUGCUUGUUUUGUCUUUUGGAAAACAUGACUUGCAAAAAAUAAAUCCCCGGAUUGUGAGUAUCCUCCUUUUUCACAGUGAUUUGUACUACUCUCGCUAACCUGGACAUAUUGAGCUGGAUAUUUUUGAAUGUAGCAUGACAUCACUACACACAAAGGUCUGUUUUAAUUUGCCUGCUCACUACUCAAUAAAUAAAGGAGAGAGAUAUAUGGAGAAGCUCAUCAUGAAUUAACUGUCUUCCCUCAUGUGACCAUUCUUCUGGAGAUGUUAUCAUCCUUUGGCUCUAAGAUUUGGACUGGGCUUCCAUAGGAAGAGUUUUCAAGUGAACAAUCACUACAGAAAUUGUCUUCUUAAUCAGUAUUUUUUUUUUGAGUUUUCCAGUAUAAAAAUGACAAAAAUAACCUUAAAGCAACAUAAAUUGACAUUUAAUUAAAACAAAUAAAAAAUAAAAACAUUUUAUAAGAAAAAUAGUGAUUAAGAAAUAGAUUUUAUGCAGUAUUUGGCUUGAUCCACCAGUCAGUAAUACAAUUUUUACUCUGUUUUUCUUAACCACUAGGACAUUUUAUUUGUAAACUGUAAAACACUUUUCUCUUCAGAAGGCCCAUGACAUGCCUUCUUUCUUUUAUAUACUGUACGUCUGUCUUUAAAUUGUUCUUUAUUUAAUAAAUAAAACAACUCUCUGUGUAUAUCCAGGAAGUGGACAUAUA